GAUGCGGUGGGGCGGUGGGGUGGGGGGGGCGGGUGACGUGGAUGCGGUGGGGCGGUGGGGGGUCCUUGAGGCGAUUGCCGGAUUACAGGUGACAGUGCAACUUUUCAUUUCCUCAUUGGUGCAGCACAAGGAAACUCAGCAUCGUUCCACGUAAGCAUUGGAAGUUGUUAUCAGCCUUCGAUUUUGAAUUACACUGAUUGAAUAUAUCGCCAACCAUUAACACUUUGGCUAUCAUGAAGCUUCUUGUUCUGACAAUUCUACUUUUAUGCGUGCAUAACAUCGUCGUCGGAGUCAGUCAAAAGAUUAACAAGAAAUUGUCUAUUACACAAAAUACGGGAAAAUUUCAAAGCUCGGGGACUUUUGAGAUGAAAGCGCCAGAUCUAAAUGAUGAAGAGUUUCAUUCCAGCCAUAUGCCUGAUCAUUUGAAAUGUGAUUCCUGCAGAGCUAUUUCUUACCAGAUGCAAGAAUAUCUUUCCAAAAGGGAAUCACAGAUCUCCGCAGUGAAAGAGGGCAAAGCAAUGCUGACUGAAUCUGAGUACACUGAUGCUUUGGAGAAGUGCUGUGCUCAGAGUUGGGAAAGGCAUGGUGUAAUAGACGUGGAUAGUGUUAAACGCCUGUCGGGUCCAGGACUGGAAACAGAAGACUUUACAGGAGUGAAAAUGUUGAGUGGACCAUGGCCUGGAAGAUUGUUCAAAAUGUGCCAGGCUUACCUGGGAGAGUUCACAGAAGAUGACAUUUACAAUGAGUACAGAAAUAAUCGGGAUUACUUGGAAGAUUUUAUCUGCUAUGGUGAAAAUGGAGCUUGCACCAAGCACACAACAGGUUUUAAGGAUGAAAUGUAAACAUUGAGCACAAUAGUAAGCAUAUUGGGUGUGGGGUGCAAGUGGAGAAUUGGGAAAAGGUGACGAGAGGUAGUGAAGGUGACAGAAACAGCAACUGAAAUGGUGGAACUGAAAAUGAGGAAUCAGGCACAAUUCACACCAGCCCUGACAUGGUUUCACGUGAAGCGUUAAGCCCCUGUCCCACUUAGGAAACCUGAACGGAAACCUCUGGAGACUUUGCGCCACACGCAAGGUUUCCGUGCGGUUCCCGGAAGUUUUUGUCAGUCUCCCUACCUGCUUCCACUACCUGCAACCUCCGGCGACCACCUGCAACCUCCGGCGACCACCUGCAACCUCUGGGAACCGCACGGAAACCUUGGGUGGGGCGCAAAGUCUCCAGAGGUUUCCGAUCAAGUUUCCUAAGUGAGACAGGGGCAUUACAUAAUCAAUAUAUUAAUCCAACUAAAUCUUAUUUAAAUUGAUGAUCAGUUCUGUUUUCAAAACUUAAUAUUCUAAUAUUCUAGCAUAUAAAUGUUUUGGAUACAGGGAAACCAAUUAUAUCCAAAUACCUACCGGCCAUAUUUAAAACAAACUAUUGAUUGUGUUGAACAAUAAGUGGAAAACAUUAACUAGUUUCAUUAAAGUUAAAUUCAGAGUUAUCUGUUGUAGCGUCUUCAGCAUUCCAUUUAUUUUGGGCAGAAAUAACUGGAGAUUAGUGUUUUAUUGGAUAGUGUGCCAAUAGUUGAUGUCAGGGCUGCAGUUUUUCUGUGUUCCAAACUUAUGUAACAGAGAUCAACAUAAAUAAACAUAUUUGACAUAAU